AUAGGCUUUUUUGAGUUUUGGCAAGGACACAGGGGCCCCAUGAUCCCCUAUUGCCCGGGGACCCCAUGAGUUGUCAGUCCGUCCCUGUCUGUAGAUAAUAUGCUUGUUAUACUCACUGUGGAAAAUAAGGGGUUAAUCCUCUGCAUUGUGUAAAAAUGCUGUUUGAUCCUGACUUCUCUGAUCCUCCCCUUCUUCCAGUGUCCCCCUCUUAUCUCCUGAUAAGACAUAUCGUGUGGAGACACUCUGCACAUGCUCAGUUUGGUGUGCAUUGCUGGAGGUUUUUCUUUUCUUGGGAGGGUGUA